CACACUAACACUCUCUGUGCACACGCUAUAAUCACUGUGACUGCUGAGCUGCAGCCUGGAGCAGUCAAUGCACUGGUAGGGUAUUGAAAAAGAAGCCAGCGUUCAUAAGACCUUGGAUAAUCUGGGGUUAGAACUGAAAGAGGUGAAAACGAACAUGGCGGAGAGAAUGCAGGAGACUGGAGUUGUUUGUUCGCCAGACUGCAAGAAGGAUGGCACCGGAAGAGAUCUGUUUGGAUAUGUGGGGAUUGAAGCAGUUCUGGAUCAGAUGAGGCGUAAAGCCAUGAAAACUGGAUUUGAGUUCAACAUCAUGGUCGUAGGUGAAAGUGGGCUUGGAAAGUCAACAUUAGUAAACACCUUGUUCAAGUCGAAAGUCAGCCGGAAAUCUUGCACACCCAACUUUACAGAGAAGAUUCCCAGGACCGUAGAGCUGCAGACUAUUAGUCACGUUAUUGAAGAAAAAGGAGUAAAAAUGAAUCUGACGGUUAUAGACACACCAGGGUUUGGUGAUCAAAUAAACAACGAGAACUGCUGGGAGCCAAUUGUGAAAUACAUUAAUGAACAGUAUGAGAAGUACCUGAGGGAAGAGAUUAAUAUCAACCGGAAGAAGCGGAUUCCUGAUACUAGAGUACACUGUUGUGUCUAUUUCGUGCCUCCCACAGGACACUGGUUACGUCCAUUGGACAUAGAGUUCAUGAACCGUCUAGACAAAAUAGUCAAUAUUGUCCCAGUUAUCGCUAAAGCUGAUACACUCACUUUAGAUGAGAGACGAGACUUUAAACAAAGGAUUCGACAAGAUCUGAGAAACUAUUCCAUUAGUGUUUAUCCACAGACAGAAUUUGAUGAAGAUCCAGAGGACAAAUUACUAAAUGAUACAGUGCGGUGCAACCUGCAGCUUUACCACAAUCUUGAGCUUCCAUCCUGCUGUGCUGAUAUGACUUACUUUUCACACAGGAAUAGAUCUUUGACUGGGAAUGGGGACAUAGAAACAGGCCGAAUUUCUGGCUCUCAGACCCCUCUGAAACCUGUUGAGAACGGUGCACACUGUGAAUUUGCAAAUCUAAGGGAUCUGCUGAUCAGGUCUCACCUCCAGGAUCUGAAAGAUGUCACGCACAAGAUCCAUUACGAGACCUACAGAGUGCGACGAUUAAACGAGAGCAAUGGCAUCAACAAGGGGUUGCCAAAAGGGAAUAAUAUAGCCACCAAAGAAGAUGUGGAGAACAAUCUCUGAGAACCCGCCCUGCCAGCCAAGAAUAAACUGUGCUUUCAACAUCU